AUGACCAAUUCGAGUAUGCCGUCGAAACUAGCGACGGAUAUCUGUCUGACCGACAGACAAAUGUCCCUUUCGGUCAAUUCCACCGAAGGCGUGCUCAUCGGAGCCAUAAUUCCCAUUCUUGUCCUUUUUGGAAUCUCUGGAAACAUUCUCAAUCUCACAGUCCUUCUUGCCCCAAAUUUACGAACGAGGUCAGUGCAAAUAGUUGGGAGAUAGCAAAAUGCGUAGAGCUUUCAGAUCAAAUCAGUUGCUGGCUUGUUUGGCAGUUGCCGACAUAGUCAGUCUCAUUGUUAUCCUUCCCCAUUCAAUGGCUCAUUACGAGACGUUCGAAAAUGCGAUUUGGUUUCGAAAGUUCUACGGGAAAUACAAGUUUCAAAUAAUUGCCAUGACAAAUUGGUCAAUCGCCACUGCCACGUGGUUGGUGUUUGUCAUUUGUCUGGAAAGACUUAUAAUCAUAAAGUACCCAUUAUCAGUGAGAAAACAAGCAAAGGUACGUUUUUUCCCCGAUCAUUGAUCAACUUCUGAAUUCUGAAUUUCAGUUCUUCACUCCUUUAAACGUUGUGUCAAUAAUAGUGCUCACCACUUUCAUUCUGACCUCCUACAACCACGUGAGCCAUGCUUGCGCCGAGAAGCUCUUUUGCAAUGGCACUCAAUACCACGUGGCAUGCAUUGGCAUCGAUUCGGAACGAUGGUUUCGCAACGAACCGAAUCCCAAUUCCGAGUUCAUGAAGUCUUUGGUGCGGUAUGCUCCGCAAGUGAACGCCAUAUUCGUGGUGCUCAUUCCUGUCGUUCUCGUUAUAAUUUUCAACGUUAUGCUCAUUUUGACACUGAGACAGAGGUGAGUGGACAGGUAGAGAAAACAAAAAUGCAUAGAUGAAUACAGACAAAAACUGUUCGAACCGUCGAAAACGAUAAGAGGGGAUUCUCAGUUUAAUGGCUCUCAAGCCAAAACAGAGCACAAGGUUACGAUCACUGUGACAGCGAUUGUGACGUGCUUCACGAUCACACAGGUCAGUUGAAACUUCUGUGGCUAAGCCUAGAAAUGAAUAUUUUCAGAGUCCCUCUGCAUUUGUGACAUUCCUCAGUUUCUACAUUCAGAAAGACUGGGUCACUCUGGUGAGCCCGACCCCUCCCCCGUCCCCUUCCUAUUCGAUCCCUUCCAGAGUGCCAUCUGCACCAUCCUGGUCGUGCUCGGCAAGGCACUCAACUUUGUGCUCUUCUGCUUGUCCUCCGCCUCGUUCCGUCAACGCCUUCUCAUGCAAACCAAGCAGGGAAUCCUGCGCAAGUCGACUAGGUAUACGAGCGUGGCGGCGCACGUGUGAUCCUUCCACGUUUGUGCAUCUCCUCCUCCUCAUUCCUCUUCUGCGAGAUCUCUCUAAACGGGUGUCCAUUUCCUGCCGUUCCGUUCUUUUUUCACUCGAAAACUCAUCCCGUUGUAUCUCAAUUUGUUGCCCGAUUUACGUGUAACUACAGAGCAUGGCUUCUUCUCCCCCGUUCCUCCAAGACAAUUCCCUCUCGAAUAGACCGCCAAUUUUUUGUUGUGACUGCCCGCUUUGGCUGUAAAUGUAAAUAAAUAUGAAUCUGACCUAUAGAAAGUUUGCAUGGAUGUGGAAAUAUCUGGCUUCCGAGAAACAGAUGCUUGCCUCCCCAAACCCCCAAUUGCCACAUCAUCAGUUCUUCCAGCUAACAAACAACCACAGCUUUUGUUCGCAGAACCGUCUCGAUGGUGACUUCAUCGACAGUUGUGGUGGAUAGCCUUACGGAUUCGCGCAAAAGAAGUCGGACCACAAUGGAAAUGAUCGAACGGAGAACGUCGGCUUCCUCGUGUAUGGUCGGAGGGAACCGUACGGAUCGGACCCAUCGGGCCAACAGCAGCCAGUCAAUGAUCGGCGAGCGAAUGCCUUUGAAGGAGUUCCGAAGGGGAACGAGCUUCGUGUGAGCUGUUUUAGCGGACAGCACUUUGUAUAUAUUCAAUUGAUCUCGAUUUAUGUGACGGGCAGUCACACAUGACCAAUAAAGUAUUUACAAUCUCAGAGAAAGACAUGAAGCAGAAGAAUGGUAUCAAGUGAAAUGCACGAUAACUCUGAAGUAGCCAUAAUAGUUCAGAGUGUGCGGCACUCGGCAUUUUGAUAAGCUCUCCGUCGGCAUGUUGUUUCGAUAAUCUCUCCCUUGUGGAGAGCUCCCCCAAUUUGACUUAUGUCUCUCUCUCUCUCUCUCUCUCUCUCUCUCUCGUUUCUCUUUUUCUCUUUUCAUUUUCUCUUUCUCGCCACCUUUGCGCACUCUGAAAUCACCUACUUUUGUUUCUGUGUUUCUGAUAAUACGCUUUCGUCAAUGAUAAGAUUCCGAAAGAUUCGUAGCUUUUUGGCAGUUCAGUAACAAUUGAACAGAGCAGAAAUUUCAAUACUCCUCGAAUAUUCCUGAUUUGAUAAAGUGUACCUGUGUCCAUGUUAACUACUAAUAUGUAAAUAUGCACAGCUUCUCUCUAGUUUCUCUGUGUCUCGCCUUCUUUUUCCGAAACUCAUGACUUUCUCAUAACUCGUUUCUUCAAAUAUCAAAGUGUUUUCCAUCCUUGCCAGAUUCUUCUGCUCUCUGAAAAAUGUCUACACCUGGAAACGAAGAACCGACGGACGCAAAAAGUUAGUUUGAUAAUUUUUCAAAAAACUUAAGUCCCUUCGAACGAAAGUGAUAUCAUGAAUGUGUUUGUUUAUAGCCUACGUGUGUAAAUGGUGUCCGGGAGGAUAUUCUGGAGAGACUUCCCUGAAUCGACACAUUUAUCUGAAGCACACGGACAACCGGUGGUGCACUGAAUGCGAGUGCACCUUGCCGCGAGAAGAGGCGUCGGUCGUUCAUCUCCGGUCGGUCCAUGGAUAUUUGGCGCCGGAGGACUGUCUGUGCUGUCUGGGAACUUUCAGAAGUCACAAGGAACAAAGACAUCAUAACGACUUUUUGAAGAGAGGAAUCGGAUUAGUCUCGCCGAUGCCAACUGUGAAAGUUGUUGGGGAGGAUAAGGCGAAUUGCAAGAAAAGAACCCGAAAAAGGAAAAACUUUCUUCUCGAGGACAGUGAAAAGACAAAAGAAACGAGAAAGAAUAACAUCAAGCAACUUUUGAUACUCCAGACUGAAAAGGAUAAGCAUAUGGAUAGAAAAUCUCUUCCGGCCAUUUGCCCACAAGACUUUUUAUUCAACUCGCCGUCCCAGACAGACGCCCUCCUCGGAAUGAUAAAUUCUCAUAUUGCAAAGCAAGUGGACGCAAAGGCCGUGAGUCAUUUCCCCGGUAAACGUACAUCCGUUCCUCUUUUCAGAUCGCAAAGCUCCCACCGAUCUGUCCCUCUCGGCCGAUGACUCCAGAGAUCAAAGAAGGUGCUCCGAUCUCCCUUGCCAGCUUGCUCUUGCUUUCACUGCUCGACUUCGGGGCUUAG